GUUUCAAAGUGGCAGAGAAAACGAGGAGACACCCCCCCAGAGGUCAAUUAAUAUGUCAUGCCAUGCGCAAAUCAGCAUCCCUCAUCGGAUCGACCUUCGCCUAGAGCAUGCUCCAUGCAUUUGCGCCCAAUACAGACAGGGUUUCUUGAAAUCGGGGACGGCCAUUCGAAGUACACCGCUCUGCUGGGUUCCAUGGUAGAUUGCGACUUGCGCGCGCGCGCAAGCCUGGUGACCGGAAGCCAGCGCUUUUUUUUUUCUUUGCUCAUGAAGGAUAAGAAGAAAAGUUCACGCCGGGGCUUCCGUGGUUCCCCAGUGUUUUAUGCUAAACAUUGACAGAUAAUCGUUUCGGCACGGGGGCCACAGGC